AUGGGCUCUGUGACUUAUUUAUCAUCUGUGAUAAAGAAGAUAUUUCUUGAUGAAGCAGUUUUAUCAGUAUUCAUAGACGGGACAUUUCUAUAUGGUGUUACUAUACUUGAAGGGAAAGGACAUGACAGAUCGGUAGAGGAGACGAUAUCUAAAUUUCCUGCGAUGUACCUGUUGGAUUGGUUACUAUGGCCUCCUGUACAAUUCAUCAACUUCUUUUUCCUACCUCUUAGGUAUCGAGUUCUGUACGUAAACUGCAUGAAUCUAAUAUGGAGCACUAUUCUAUCUUGGUUCAAACAUGGUUAAUUAUGCUGAACUAAUUAUUUAAGUAUAUUUAUAAAACCCUCCCCAAGAGGGUCAUGCCCGAUUUUCAUAGGUACCCUAUAUCUGAUAAAUAUAGUGGCAGAUAUAUCGUUGUUUUUCUAGCAAAUCACUUAUAUGUCGAUAAAUCACAUUAAAAAAAUCAAUUUUCAAAGUUAAAGACACAGAUAUCUUAUUCAUUCUUAAUUAGACAAAGUUUUAAGG